AUGAGUUCACAAGCUGAGUGGAAGGCAAGGAGAUCCAUGUGCAAGACUCUUUUGUAUGUGGAGCUUGUGUUUCUGCUUCUUGUGCUCUUCUGUAGUGGAACGGCACAAAGCUCUUUCACGAGGAGGGGAAGACCAAAGCGAACAUUUCUGUUCAAACAAGGUGUGACAUCAGUACCCUUUGAGGAGGACAAUGGAACUAUCACGGAAAGGGUUGUUCACUCGUUUCGAAUUCCCAGCCUUGUUGAGGUGAAUGGUGUCCUUGUUGCCCUUGCGGAUGCUCGGUACAUCUCUGGUGAUGACCAAUCAUUUAUUGAAACUGUUGUGAAGUAUAGCGUGGACGGUGGUAAAACGUGGGAGACGCAGAUCGCAAUCAAGAACAGUCGCGUGAACGUGAACCGCUCUCGUGUAAUGGACCCAACGGUCAUUGUCAAGGGAAACAAGAUGUAUGUCACUGUUGCAGGCUUUUAUGAGUCGCCUCUCAACUGGGUUCAACAGCCUGAUGGAAGCGAUUGGUAUACACUGUUAGCUAUUGGUGAGGUGAAAAAGAGAACCGUGAAUGGGAAACUAAGUGCAUCGAUCACGUGGACGAAGCCUAUCUCUCUGAAUUCCAUUUUGCCCAAAUGGGUAGACGGAGUGCGAACAAAACAGUUUAUUGGUGGUGUGGGUCCAUCCAUAGUGGCAUCAAAUGGAACCCUUCUGUUCCCUGUUCAGGUGUCGAAUUUCGAUAAACGCGUUUCUGUUUCAAUGAUCUAUUCAGUGGAUGAUGGUGCGACGUGGGCGUUUUCAAAGGGGUUCACUCCUUAUGAUUGUACUGAGUCUGCUGUUGUUGAGUGGGAGGGGAAACUAAUUCUGAACAGUCGUCGCGACAACGGUUACCGCAGGGUAUUCGAGUCAUCUGAUAUGGGAGAGACGUGGAAAGAAGCACUGGGUACGUUGUCCCAGGUCUGGGGUAACUCGCCUUCACGAACUGGUCCUGGAUGCGAAGCUGGCUUCAUUGCUGUGACGAUUGAGGGGAAGCGUGUGAUGCUUUUCACUCACCCACUGAAUUUCCAGGGAGAUUAUAAUCGCGACCGACUCCAUCUUUGGAUGACAGACAACCAACGCAUUUUUGACGUUGGGCAAAUUUCGUAUGGGAUUGAGAAAACUCCCUAUAGCUCUCUGCUUUACACCAAUGACAAACUGUUCUGCCUGCACGAAAUCAAGACCGAAGAUGAAAUUUACAGCAUUGUUUUAUCACACCUGGAAAAUGAGCUGCAGCUGAUGAAGUCCGUGUUGAAGUCUUGGAAAUCUCAGGAUGAAUACCUUUCGGGUAUUUGCCCCUCCGCUGCAUCUGUGGUCCCAUCGCAGAAGGGUGAAUGCAACGCGACAUUCCCUACGAGAGGACUUGUGGGAUUCCUCUCUGGCGAGUAUAACAAACCCUACUGGAGGGAUGUGUACAGUUGUGUGGACGCAUUUGUGGUGAAUGGGGCCAGAGUUCACAAUGGUCUUAGGUUUGCUGGCAUUGGCGGAGGAGCGCGGUGGCCUGUGGGCAAGCAGGGACAGAACCAACGGUACCAUUUCGCAAACUACGGCUUCACGCUAGCGGCUACAGUCUCCAUUGACGAGGUUCCAAAGGAGGAGGGUUCUAUUCCUCUGAUGGGUGUGAGUGUGGACGAGUCUGGGAGCAAAAAACUCCUGGGUUUGUCGUACAAUUUUAAACAGCAGUGGAACCCCAUAUACGGCGCCUCCGAGAUUUCCACUGGAUUCUGGUCGGCGAAGAAAACGUAUCACGUUGUUCUUUCGAUGCAGAACGAUGUGGGAUCUGUGUACGUGGAUGGUGAACCUCUCCCAGGUUCCGGUGAGCUGCUCAUGUAUAACAGUCACUCGCCCGGCAUUUCACACUUUUACAUUGGUGGAUACGGUAACAGCAGCAUGAAGACAGACAGUCGUGUAACGGUGACCAAUGUUCUUCUUUACAAUCGUGAGUUAAGCCAUGAUGAGAUCAGAACGCUCUUCUUGGGGAGCGAACAGAUUAAAGCGGUGACUCUGUAA